AAUGGGAAGAUUCAGGAAAAAUAAAGAAACUAAAGAGGGAUUGGCACAGUUUGCUCCUACUUAUAAUGUUCGUCAAUUUAAUGCCGGUCUGACUGCUUUUGAUCCUUUGACAAGGACGAAAGGGAUAUCUAGUGUUAUACAUGAACGCAGGAGUCGAAGUAAAAGUAGAAAAUCUGCAAAAUCAGUCAAAACAACCAGUUCGAGAUCAAGAAGCAAAUCGAAAUCAGUUAAUCCUAAUGAUUUUGCAAACUCUGGCCUAUUUAUUGAUAAACAAUCUAGAGAAAUUAUGGAUCAUAUAUCAAGGAGUCAUAAGAAUCCUAAAAAUGGAAAAAUGUUAAUAUUUAAAGAAGGUGAAAAGCUAAAAAAGUUAACGAAGGAUAACGUUAGACCCAGUCCUGAUACUUUAACAUACGAUCAAAUGUUGCAAGAAUUAAUAGUUGAUGGAGAGAUACUAAUGCAAGAGCAAGGGAUAGAAUUUAAUAAAGUCGAAACUGAAGGUAGAUGCGAUGGUAAAAAAGCGUUCAUUAGACCUAAUCUUGUAAAGGGGCGGAUGUUCUUAACAAAUGCGAGACUAUUAUUUCUCAGUGCUGAACCCAUUAAAGCGACAACUCUUAAUUUGAUAUCAAACGGAAAGAGGAAGUCUUUUUAUGAAGUUGCUUCCUUCUGUAAUGAGGAGCAUCAUUAUCAAUAUCUUCCAUUAUCAUGUAUGAAAAGUAUCGAAUUACAAUCAAGAGCAGGUGGAAAAGCGGAAGUAGAUGUUCAAGGUUUAAAGCCCAAAUACGGUGGUCUAUUUUCAUGUUUUGGUGAAUUUUUCGGUGCCAAAUCUUUUCAAGAAAAGUGGACAAAGAAUCUAAAUGGCUGUCUAACCGUACAAUAUAAUGAUAAAGUACUAUUAAUUGGAGCUGAAAUACCUCCAUGGAAAACGAAGGCACUUCUUAGAAUAAACAUAAGCGAAGAAGUUUCCCUCGAAGGCCUAAUUGGUUAUAUUUCUGUCCUACAGCAAAUGGUUCCCACUUUAUGUGGCAUGAAAAAUGGAUGGAAUUGUACUGAACCACCUAGAAUACUUAACAUAGUCAGAGAAAAAGCAAAUCCAGAUGAGGCUGUUAAGCAAUACGAGAGUUCUGAUGAUCCUUAUGUCGUAGAAACUAAAAAGGAAUAUGAAGAAUUACCUCAUACUGACGUUUACAUUUACCAUCCAACUUUACAAAUGAGAGAUUCUCUAAUAACCGAAAAAGUUCCCCUUGAGCAAGCGGGUAUUGAGUCCUAUUUUAAAACAGAACCUCUUCCCAAAACGCCUGAAGAGGAAAACGGAAUUGUGGGAAAUGAUAAUGAUUUUGUGACUAAGGUGCUAAUUCAUUCUGUUGAUAAUCCUGAUUUGCCUCCCGAGGAGUGGACUGCCAUUAAAGAGCCCUUAACGUCAAGCUCCUCGGAAGAAGAGGUUUUCAACGGAGGAGAAGAGAAAGUUAGUAGCGGAAAUGAAAAUGAAAGGGAAGAGGAAAUAGAAAAUGAUAUAGAAGAGAAAAAAGAGGAAAGCGAAGUCAAUACAAACAAAACUAACGGCUAUGUUAAUUGUGGAUUUAUCACCGACGAAAAAGUUGAAUAUGAGUCUAUAAGCAGCCUUUCUAGAAUAAAAUGUGCUUGCCCAAAAUGCUUGGAGAAUGAGAAAGACGCCCAUUGGAUCACUGAUUCAAACAUAAAUUCUCAACUUAACGAAGUAGAGGAAGAAAGCGAAGAUGAAGCAAAUGCCAAAAAACAUAAAGAUUAUAAAAAGACAUUCUGUCCUUGCGAUCAUUGUCUAUCUAAAAUCGUCAACAAUAGGCUCCAAAUUUCAUUGGAAGAUGAUCAAACUGACAUUAAUAAUGCUCAAACAUUACCGAUUCGAUAA